AUGGUCAGUUUUAGUAAACAAGGAUUUAGGCAAAAAUAUGAAGCAAUAAUUGAAGAUAUGGAAACAGAUGCUUGUAUCGGUGGACAAACAAGUGAUUCGUUAGCAUUUCAAGAAUAUUCAGCUGUAAUGCAAGAUGAAACAAAACAAUAUUGUCGCCGUUCGAUUAUACGUGAAUUUUGUUUGAAUAUAUCUACUCAUGCUCUACCUGGUAUUGCUCGAAGUGAAAAUAAAAUUAAUAGAAAUGAAUCAUUGAAACCAUUGUUCUAUCCACUUUCUUCAAUGCUUUCUACAUGUUCGUUCAAUGUUGUACCGUGUUUAGAAACAGAUUUUCUUCCAUUUAUAUCAUCAACUUCUGGUUUAUGCUAUACAUUCAAUGCAAAAUUGAAAUAUAGUAAUAAUGACAGUAUACGUUAUGGAAACAAAAAUGGUGGUGAUGGUAAUCUCAAAUUAGGUCUUUAUGUACACAAUCAUCAAUAUGUGCCUUAUGUCAGAGAUAACGUUGGCAUCGUAAGUCUUGUACAUGAUAAUACACAAUUACCACUUAUUGAAGCAGCUGCACCAUAUACAACAUGUACUAACAAGAUUCCUCUAUUGAUGCAUGUCAUGUUUAAUAAUUAUCAUGGUGCUAAUUAUGGCUAUUCCGAAACAGUCUGUUAUCAAAUUUGUGGACAAGUCUAUGCACAUAAACAGUGUGGUUGUGUUAAUCCUAAUCUUCGGAGUACUCGUUCAGUUAUUUUAUCAGGAACGGACAAAAUUAUUUUAGUGUCUCUAUGCAAUGCAAGCAAUACCUAUUAUACUGAAGCAGUCGAUACACUUUUAGCUUCCUCAAUACUUAUGAAUAAAUAUUGUUCGGAUUGUUCACAACAAUGUUUAAUAACAAAUUUUAUUAUUCAAACAUCUUCUCUAACUACACCAGUCGGAUGA